UUUGAGGUUGCAGUGAGCUAUGUUGACGCCACUGCAUUCUAGCAAAAAAGGGAGACCCUGUCUCAAAGAACAAAAAACGCAGAGGGGAAGAAGCCCCUGUCUCCAGCUGCGAAGGCGGCUUGUGGGGGCUGGGGGGUGGCACCCCAGUGAGACCUGAUGGGUGAGGCGCAGCCGGCCCCACGAGCUAUGGGAGGACAGUUCCAGGUCCUGGUGCUGGAGAGGCGUCAAAGAUCUGGCCCUGCCUCCCCUUGUUCUCAGAGGAAAGGGCCUCCAAGACCAUGGGGCUUCCCGCGGGCCUGUCCGAAACCUCUGGUGCUGCGACACCCAGGGCUAGAGAGGCAGACGGUGAAGAGAGGUAGAGGAAACCCGAAGGGUCGCCAGGGAAGCCAGGCGAUGGGCAAGGGGGCGCCCUCUCUCCCGCAGUCAAAAUCCUCCCCAUCCGUGCGGGCUCGGCCAGCCCUCCUCAUCCCGCCCCAGGCCGGGCUCUGCACCCUUCCCCUCAGCAGACAAGGCAGGGCCUCGGGAUCAGGCAGUAGGACUCCCUGUCGGGUUCCAGUGUCAGCUUCACCGCUGACUCCUGUCUCUGAGCUUCACUUUCCCCAUCUGAAAAAUGGGACUUCCGAUCCUCCACCCCCAUUCCGCUCUGGCUUUGGGACUCUGGGAUGUUUAGAGAUGGGCUUUGGUAGGAGGCGGGGGGAACGAUCCCGCAGGACUGUGACCACGAAAGCCAGGCAGUCCGGGUUCCCAGCUCGGGCCCAUUCCCUAGUUUCGGGGAGCAAUCUGCCCCAUGACUCCCUCGAGAACUACAUUUCCCGACAUGCCAAGGGAGGCGGCACCUGCCAGUCUCGGACCACGCGUUGCUGGGCCAGCCUGGGAACUACGACUCCCGGCGUGCUUCGCGCCCUAAAGCCAGAAGGGCCCGGAUCCGGAACCGGAUGUGGCUUGGUGCUCUGGUGGCGGAGCGCCGAGGCAAUGGCCACGGGGACAGACCAGGUGGUGGGACUCGGCCUCGUCGCCAUUAGCCUGAUCAUCUUCACCUACUACACGGCCUGGGUGAUUCUCUUGCCAUUCAUCGACAGCCAGCAUGUCAUCCACAAGUAUUUCCUGCCCCGGGCCUAUGCUGUCACCAUCCCACUGGCGGUGGGCCUCCUGUUGCUCCUGUUUGUGGGAUUGUUCAUCACCUACGUGAUGUUGAAGAACCAGAGAGUGACCAAGAAGGCUCAGUGAAGGCCCAGCAGGGAUGAGGCUGCCAGCCCCUUUUUGGCCUCCUCUCCAGGGCAGGGACCAACGGUGGGAGCCCACAGGACUGGUCCAGGCACUGUGGCCCGCUCCAGCUUGGCUGCCCUCCAGACAUCCCUGUGGGACGGAGCUGUUUAGGACUCACCCCUGACUGACCAGAGCCCUGCUCCUCCCCUGCUCACCCUUCCAGAAGCCAGGAGGGAGGAGCACCAGGGAGACCUCUCAUCCCCUCUGGCUUGGGCAUGAAAGACACUGGUUCUCCUUACCUCACCGUCAGACUUCCCAUCACUUUUUCCUCUGGGUUCUACCAUCUUGCCUCAGUUUCCCUCCUUUCACAUGCUGAUAUUGGACUUAGCAGGUUCUGAGGUGGCACAUGGUCUCUCUGACCUCUCCCCACAAGUCCUGUUCCUCUACAAAGGCUGCUUCCUUGGCCUGACACAGCCCCAGACCCCACAAGGACUUCUGGACCUGGAAAGCCUAGGAGAAGGAUUGGCCCCAGAGCUGCCACCACAUCUCAGCACACAGGGCAGCCACGCUGGCCUCCUGACCAACCAUUCCUCGUGGAAGCCCGGGCCCCAGCCCCAGGGCUGGCCUGUGUAGGGAGCCUACCAAUAAACACUGAUUUCGUGUU